AUGUCGCUAUUAUCCAUUCUCCUGCUUUUGAGCAUCUCUGCCGCAUUGAAUCUUGACCGAGUGUACGAAGAUGCGGAAGGAAAUAUCAUUGAAGCAUGCAAAAACGAUCAAUUAUGUGCCAAUAGUCCUUCGCGUAGUACUAAAAAAAUGGACAAAGUUGGGGGUGUAGGUCGAGCCAAAAAGAAAGUAACAAAGGACUGUACUUGCGACUGCUUUCCUACGGUCAGCUAUUACUGCAUGCUGUGUCAGACAGAUUCUUUCUCAGUUCCAACAAAGGCCGAAGUUCUUAUUCGGGCUAUGCCACACAUUCCAAUUGAUUUAGCAGACACCCUCGUUUUUAUGCAACCAGACACUGUUCGCUAUGUAAUUGAAUCACAUUAUGACCUGGCCGCCUUAGUAACUGAAGCGCAACCGGACACUCUUGUAUACAUACUCUCCAGCGCUCCAAAUUUCUCCAAGUAUUUGUCGAAAAUGUCGCCUCAUGCCAUCAAUACUUUCCUUCACAAGAUUCCUUACCCGUGCAAGUAUCUGCAAAGCAUUAAGAGAGUUUAUGCGGAGAAAGUGGUAUAUAAAGUUCCGAUAUUUUGGGAAUGUCUUUCGAAGACUGCAAAUCCUACUCUAACUACCACUACGGAAGCGAACGAACUGACUUCCCAACCACCUGCUGAUGUCGCUUACCAUUUCGAAAAGGAGGAAUGGGAGCAGAUGACAGCUAAUUGGCCUGACACCAAAAAAUAUCUUCGAAAGGGACUUAACUCAAAGAUGGGUAACUAUUAUUUCACAAGUAUGGUGCUGUCAUUACCCAACCUGAGUGAAGUUUUCUCGAGACUGAAACCAUACAUUAUUUCGCGCAUUUUUGAAAGGAUCACAUAUCCAGAUCGUCUUCUUUCUCAAUUAGACGCAAACACUGCAAGAGCUGUCUUGAAAAAUAUGAACCCAAAUAUUUACAUUGCAAUUUGGCCUCAUAUUCCAUACACCAUACAACGAUUAAGACUUUCAUUAAACCUAAAGCCGAUCUCAGAUCAUGAUAUUAUGCAAAAAGUUAUCCGUUCCAAUCUACUGGAUUUUCCAAUUUCAUAUGCCGAUGGUCUCUACGGCCUUGAUGUGAUAAGCCUGCAUAAAGUGAUUAGAAACCACACAGAUUUCGCCGCUUUGCUUUGUCGCACGAAACCGGAGACUUUUAAUUAUAUUCUGUCAAAUGCGCCCUUUAUAACGGAAUAUAUAGUGAACAUGACAGCUGGAGAACAAGCGCAAAUUCUUUCCAAGAUGGGCUAUCCAUGCGUGUACCUUCAAAACAUCAAUUUGGAAUACGCCAGGAAAAUAAUUAAAAAUUUACCAGAUUAUGCUGGUUGUGUGCACUUCCCUGAAACCAUUGUUCGCACAACCACCACGUAUGCCCCAAAAAUAAGAGCGGAGCAAACACCUUGGCAACCCAUACGAGUUGAAAGUGUGUUCACAAAGGAGGAACUUGAAAAAAUGUCCGAAAAGGUGCCGAAAAUAAGGGAAAUCCUUUCAAAAAUAAAUCCAAAGACAAUCAAAUUAAUGCGAUCUUAUUUCCCCGAUUUUAUGAAUUUAUUUAAUUCAUUCGACGAUAACUUCAUCAAGGCUCUCAAUACUAUUGAUUUUGCUAGUAUGACGCCGAAGGCACGGAGUGAACUAAUUUUGUCUAUGGCCAAAAAGAAUAUUGCUGUGAAGGUAUUUGGUACUAUAAUGGCACCUUAA